UGUAGAUACAAUGUCCCAGCUGUCUAAGUAUGAGCCAAAACGAAAAAUCUGUAGUGUCUGCGGAAUCUACUUCGAUUGUCUGGUGUCUGAACAACCUGACGUCGGCGUUGGACAUGAUCGUCAGAGUCAAUGUCUGGGCUAUCCAGUAGCAGAUCAACGACUUUCAUUGUGCUCUGUAUUUUCGAUAUGUCCCAGUGAUGCUACCUGCAUGAGAAGAUCAUCAGAAUUAUGCAGUGAUAUGAUUAUAGCUUGUUCAGAUAGAACAACUUGUAGGCUUGAUAGCAAAAACUUGAGUGUUUACAAUCUUCAGCUGAACUGUGAAAAAAUGUGCAUGAAAUGCCAAGCUAGUGCGGAGUCCUGUAAAAGUAACGAGGAGAAGCUCUGUGUUUGUGAUGUGCAAUUAGAUUGUGAAUUAACAUGCAAGGGAUGUCAAGCUCUUAGAGAAGCUUGUGAAUGUGUUGGGAAAAGUCUCAAUGUUUGCAACAUUCGACCGGACUGUGGAGAAACGUGCAGAGGUUGCAUAGUUCUUGAAAAAGCUUGCAACUAUGUUGGCAAUGGUUAUAGUAUUUGUAAUAUUCAUUCAAACUGUGGAGAAACAUGCGAGGGCUGCUUCUUCCUCAAAGUUGUUUGUAAAUGCACAAGAACGAAGCCUAGCCUAUGCAGUUUCGAACUAGAUUGUGCAAAAAUAUGUAAGGGAUGUCAAGCUCCUGAAAAGGCUUGUAAAUGUGGUAGGAAAAGGCUCAGCAUUUGCAGGUUUGAUUUAGUUUGUGACGAAACAUGUGAUGGGUGCAAAAAAGUUCACAAUAAAGCUUGUAAGCACGGCGAAAGAAUGCAUAGUGUAUGCAGUUUUGAUAGAACAAAGUGUCAGCAAAAGUGUAUCGGAUGUCUUGCUAUUGAGCAAAUUUAUAAGCGACGUUCCAAAACAAAAAGUCCUUGCAAUUUACGUUCUGAAUGUGAAACCACAUGCGAGGGAUGCGAAACGGCUACUAAAGAAGCUAGUACACAUGAUAAGAAUAAAAAAAGGGGUUGCAGCAUUCAUUCAGAUAGUGUAAAAACAUGCAAAGGAUGCUGUGCCUUUAACAACGGUCCAAUUCAUCAGAAAGAUAAACUGAGUGCCUGUAGCUUACAUUCUGAUUGUAAAAUAACAUGCAAGGGGUGUCGGUUAGCUGUCAAAGAGGUUUAUACCUCAAAUGCACAUAGACAAAGUGUUUGCAGUUUUCAUCUACAGUGUGAAAUAAGAUGCAACGGAUGCCAAACUGAUGGAGAUGAUUGUAAACAAUAUGACAAAAAGAUUGGUACUUGCAUUUUAUACCCAGAGUGUGAAAAAACGUGUAAGGGAUGCAAAACUCUUGGAGAAACAUGCAUGGUGCACAAGGUGAGUUUUCUUAAUGAGAAUCUGAAUUGUAGUUUGCUUUUGGGAUUACUUCUUUUCGGUCAAACUAAAUCUAGGUCUGCCCGGAAUGUCCUGGCUGUCACCAAGUUUGCAGUGAGAUUAGAAUUUGCCCAAACUGCAAGGAGUGUAACACUGAGAUACUCCCAGAUAUAUCAACUCGUAAUUGCAUAAAAAAGCCGGGCGGAACCUGCCAAAAG